GUUUCUACAGAUUUGUUUAGUCUAUGCGACAAAGGCAAACGCGGCUAGCAAGGAUGGCGCCGCGUCCUAGUGGACCGAAGAAAUUUUCCGAGUUGGACUGCCUUUCUCCUGAAACCGUUAAUGUAUUAACGUCGCUUGGAUUCCACACAACUACUCCUGUCCAGGAAGCCACUAUCCCCUUGUUUUGCGGUCACAAAGAUGUUGCUGUGGACGCUUGCACGGGUUCCGGGAAGACGCUUGCUUUUGUCCUGCCUGUCGUCGAGCGAUUACGGCGAUUAGAGGAGCCUCUAAAGCCUCAUCAGAUUGGCGCUAUCAUCAUCUCGCCUACGCGUGAGCUGGCGAAGCAAAUUCAUGGCGUUGCAGAACCCUUCAUCGCCAGCGUUCCGCACCUCAAAGCUAUGCUGCUGGUCGGAGGCACCGACCCCGCCCAGGACGUGGCUGCCUUCAAGGCUCAUGGCGGCCAUGUGCUGGUGGGCACCCCGGGGCGCAUCGAGGACAUCCUCAAGCGCUGCCCCGCCAUGGACCUCCGCCGACUGGAGGUCCUGGUCCUGGACGAAGCCGACCGGCUGCUGGACAUGGGCUUCAAGGCGCAGCUGGACGCCGUGAUGGGCCGCCUGCCCAAGCAGCGCCGCACCGGGCUGUUCAGCGCCACGCAGACGGAGGCGGUGCAGGAGCUGGCGCGAGCGGGGCUGCGCAACCCCGUCCGGGUGAAUGUGGCGGUGGCGGCGGUGGCACAGCAGCAGCAGCAGCAGGGAAAGGAGAAGGGGGGCAAGGAGGGGAAGCAGAAGGGUGCGGAGAAGAAGGCGGCGGCGGACGAGGAGGGGGAGGAGGAUGCGGGGGCGGAGGUGGCGCAGCAGAAGACGCCCAACAGCCUGAGCAUCCAGUAUGUGCUGUGUGAGCCGGAUGAAAAGAUACCGCAGCUGGUCCGCUUCCUGGCCCUCCACGGCCCGCACCGCAAGGUGAUCGUGUACGCGCUCACCUGCGCCGCGGUGGACCACCUGGCGCUGGUGCUGCCGCGGCUGCCGCACAUGCGGGGCGUGCGGCUGCGGGCGCUGCACGGCCGCAUGAAGCAGGCGGCGCGGGAGCGCGAACUGGAGGCGUUCAGGAACCUGCCGGCGGGCGCGCUGCUGUGCACCGACCUGGCUGCCCGCGGUCUGGACAUCCCCGACGUGCACUGGAUCGUGCAGCUGGACCCGCCGCAGGACCCGGCUGCCUUCGUGCACCGAGUGGGGCGCACCGCGCGCAUGGGGCGGGCGGGCAGCGCGCUGGUGCUGCUGACGCCGGCGGAGGAGCCGUACGUGGAGUUCCUCCGGCUGCGGAAGGUGCCGCUCACGGAGGGCGCCCAGCUGCCUCCCUCCGUCCUCACACCGCCCGCCGCCACCGCAGCAGCAGCAGCCUCCGCGGGGUCUGCGGACGGCUGCUCAGACCCCGCCUCCGAACCUGCGGCCGGCAAGGCCGGUAAGGGAGGAGGCAAGGAGGGGUCCAAGGCCGCCAACAGCAGCCAAGGCAAUCACAACCAUCACAACAAUAGCGGUGCGGUGGUGAGCACUGCCACGCCCGAGGUGCUGGCGGCGCUGCGGGCGGCUGCGGAGCGGGACCGGGAGGUGAUGGAGCGGGCCACCAAGGCGUUCGUGACGUAUGUGCGCGGGUACAAGGAGCACCACUGCAAGUUCAUCUUCCGGCUGCAGGACCUCAACAUCGGCCGCCUAGCCACGGGUCUGGGGCUGCUGCGGCUGCCCAAGAUGCCCGACCUCAAGAAGCCCCUGGGUCUGGACUGCUUCACGCCCUCCGCCGUGGACCCAGCAAGCGUGCCGUACAAGGACAAGGCGCGCGAGAAGCAGCGACAAAAGGCGCUGCAGCAGCGGCAGGCGGAUGCCGCGGCACGGGGGGUCUCCUCUGCUGCUGCCGCCCCCGCCGCCAAGCGCAAGGCGGCUCCCGAGCAGCCCGAGGCACGGCUGCCUGCGGCCAAGCGGCGGCAGCUGCAGCAGAUUGAUGAGGCGGCGGGCCUCAACAUGGAGUACAGCCUGCUCAAGAAGCUCAAGCGCGGCAAGAUCAGCCAGCACCAAUACGAGGUAGCCAUGGGGCUAGCAUCGGACUCGGAGGGAGAGGAGCAGCAGCAGCAGCAGGGGGCGGAGGUGGGGCAGAAGAAGGAGAAGGAGGAGAAGGACGGCGGCAACAAGGCAACAGGACAGCGGGCGCAAGACAGUGAUGAGGAUGAGGAUAGUGCGGGGCCUGCUGCUGGGUCGGAUGGUAGUGAAGGGGAGGAGGAGGAG